AUGAUUUACGAUCAAAUACUUCCAAAUGAUCUGGAUAUCAAAUCGGUUUUGGGUUCAAAACAGCCAGGAACAAUAUGUUUGGACAGGAAUCAAGGUGGUGAGAUGUUGAUGAGGCAGUGCAGGAAAGAUUUGAGUAUUUGCGAUGAUGCUAGGUGUUUCAAAAAAUGCUGUCCUGAUGGGCAGAGUUUCGUAGGAGGUGGGUUUUGUAAAGAUACUUUUGUUCGUGGGAUUGAGAUUCAAGAUCAGACUUAUUCGACGUAUAUCGAGGAUCCUGAAGAUGAAUAUGAACUGAUCUACGGCGCAGGCUGCCCUGACGUCACCAUCUACCCGUCCAACACCAUCCAAUACAGCAUCACCAAAGAUGGCGUUUUCAAGUACUACUCAAACUACUCGGACAAAUUCAUACAAGAACUGGAAUCAGACUUAUCAGGGUACUGCAUUGAGCAUGCCACCAAGGGAUCCAUGUCAGGGUACUACGUUUUUCGAUGCUUCCAAAACAGGCAGGCGAACAACAAGUUCAGUUUUACUCUAUGGGCAAAGAUAGCUUCGUGUGUAUUUUUAGUUAUGACGGUUGCUUUGUAUUUUUACUUGGGCGAGACAAGAAGUACUUUUGGGAAGGUCCUGGUGAGUUACUGCGUGGCCAUGUUUAUUUUGAUGUUAGUACUGAUACUGUCCAUGAUGAAGUCAGAUGAUCUUUGGUGCAAAAUUAAAGGUUAUUUGUUAAUAUUUUUUAACUGCUCCACCCAUGCGUGGGUCAACGUUAUAUCAUAUGACAUUUGGGGCACUUUUGGGAGUCCAAAAAAGACAAUCUGCGUGAUACAGAAAAAGAAAAAUCUCAGAAAAUUCUUGAACUACUGUCUGUACGCUUGGGGAAUAGCUCUCGUUCACAUGAUCCUACUGAUCAUCUUGGAAAAUACUUCUUUUCUGCCAGAUUCAGUUCAACCUCGUAUAGGAAAUUUAUAUUGUUUUAUUGAAAAUGUGAAUUAUGGUAGGGUGGUAUUCCUCCUUGUACCAUACAUGGUAUUACAAAUUAUAAAUAUUGUGUUAUUCGUACGAACAGCUAUUUACUGCAUCAGAGUUCAAAAUGAAAUUCAGAAGAUGAACGAUACUUUUAGAAAAAAUGAUAGUGGAAGAUUCAUUCUAGCUAAAGACAGGUUGACGUUACUAGUAAAACUGGCUGUCGUUAUGGGUAUCAUUUGGUUGGUAGAACUUCUGCAAAACUUUUUCAAAAAUAUGAUUUCGUAUAGCGAAUUUACGAAAACUUUGGAAAUAGUUUUGGACACCAUAACUUGCUGUCAAGGUGUUUUUAUUUUCUUAAUCUUCAUUUGCAAAAAGAAGAUUUUGAAUCUGCUAAAAAAAAAGCUGGGCUGUAUAUCAUGGACCGAUUCUACCUCUUCCACACCAUCUAGUGAGUCAAACAUCAUCCUUCAAGGAAGAAAAGCGUCUGCAACAACGUACGCCGCUGAAAAUCCUAUUUUAUCGACCUGAAUAGACCAAAUAAGUGCGACGACACUGGAUAUGCAACCAACAAUACGCUCAGUUCUAAAGAAUUCGAUCAGAAGAAAUAACCCUUAUGUAUUCAUGAUUUAGGGGCUACAUUCUACAAUUCUACAGCCUAAAACUGAUCUGAUUAGAUUAUUGAUUAUUGCUUAUUGUGCUCCUAAAUAAAUCAAUAAAUUAUAUAUUAGGAGUUAUUAGAAUAAAACAAGAUGAUGACUAAAACAAGAUGAAAAACUAAAUGAUUUGUGCACACUGUACGUUUAAAUUAUUGUUGUGUAUGAAUAACAUGUUGGAUUAUUUUUGCAUUGGAUGCCUGCAUUUUGCACUAAAUCUUAAAAAAAUACUAGUUUGGUGUCAUUUAAUUUUCGACUUUGUGUCAACUAUGCUUAAGGCCAAAAUUAAAUAAUCACAAUGACAAAAAAAUAAUUAGGACUCAGCAUAACGUUGAUUAUGCGAUGGACACUAAAUUUGCUAGUGUUUAGCUGUGCUUAGGUUUUAUGACAAUUUAUUUUUUAUAGAGCUGAAUCUUAUAAAAGGAAGAUUAGAUGCAUACCAUCUAAAACAUGAAAAAAAUCUGGCAUAACAACUUUUAAUGUUUAUAACAUUACUAGUUGAAGCCUGGCGCAUCCGCCACGACAUCAGGAAAAAAUACUUUUUAUUUCUUUUUAAUUAAAUGAAAAACAAAAAAUCCGGUGACGACAGUUG